CUCACUAGAAUGCGCCAGGUAGGACGCAGAACCAGUGGUGCUGAGUGCCGACUGACUGAGUGAUCCUCACGAGCUGCAGCUAACUUAUAAUAAGCCAACGACACACCCCUUUUCUUGUCGAAUCCAUUUUAUACGAUUAUAGAACUGAAGAACAAGCAAGAGCCGGAGACUACGUUUCAACUCUCAAUUGACUGAGAAAAUGGCUGCAAAAGGCGCUGUUAAAGCGAUUGCUAUCGUCACCGGCACCAACAACGUCAGAGGCUCUAUUCAGUUUGUCCAAGAACCCAACGGGGUUACCCAUGUCAAAGGAAAGAUCACAGGCCUCUCACCCGGUUUCCAUGGAUUCCAUAUUCAUUCUCUCGGCGAUACCACCAAUGGCUGCAAUUCUACUGGACCUCACUUCAAUCCACUAAAGAAGGAUCAUGGAGCUCCUUCUGAUGAAGAGAGGCAUGCGGGUGACCUGGGAAACAUAGUGGCAGGCCCAGAUGGAGUUGCUGAAAUUUCCAUUAAGGAUAUGCAGAUUCCCUUAACUGGGCAGCACUCAAUACUCGGAAGGGCAGUUGUUGUACAUGCUGAUCCUGAUGAUCUUGGCAGAGGUGGACAUGAACUUAGCAAGACAACCGGGAAUGCAGGUGGAAGAAUUGGAUGUGGUAUCAUUGGGCUUCAAUCAGCUGUAUAGCCGCAAUUAGCGCAGAUCGAGACUGAGCAUCAAGGCUAGUUUCAUGCAUGGGAUACGGGUAUAUGUAUCAUAUAUUGAUUAAACAGCAUUAUCUUCCUCAUGAAAAAACAUGUUGACCAAAUGGGGUUCUGAUAAUUCUUGGUUGAUUUUAAAUAAUGCAUGAGCUUUAACACGUCUCAGAUUUGUACUUUUCAUUUAUUGGAUGUUUGCGGUUUUGCAUGCUUUA